CUCAAAAUUCAAAAUGGCCAGCAAAGGACAGCAAGUCGAUAUUACAACUCUUCCAGUUCCUCAACUGAAUCAACUAAAUCAGCAACUUGAACAGGAGGUAGAGUUUUUCCAGAACUCACUUAGUCAACUUAAGAUGGCCCAGGCAAAAUUCAUUGAUUCUCAAGAAUGUCUCGAUACAGUGAAACCGGAGAAUGAAGGCAAAGACAUUCUUGUACCUCUGACCAGCUCUAUGUAUGUAACUGGCCAGCUACGAGACACAUCCUCUGUAAUGAUAGAUGUUGGCACAGGAUAUUAUGUAGAAAAGGAUGUUGCUAAAGCUAAAUUAUACUUUAAAAAGAAAAUAGAAUAUUUAACGAAACAAAUGGAGAAGAUACAACCUGCAUUGCAAGAUAAAUACAGAACAAAACAAGCUGUGAUGGAGGUUUUACAGAUGAGAGUACAAGCCCAAAUAGCAGCCCAACAGCAGGCUGGUGGUGUCAAAUCUUAGCAACAGUCUUCUCCUGAUAGGGAUUAAUGGAGGAUAAGUCUACCUGUAUUUAUGAUAAUGAGUGACAGUGCUGUCCUGAAUGGAAGAUUCAGAUAUCAGAACAAGAAUUCUCAUGAUUAUUGAGCAUCAGUUAUCCUAACAUGGCAUCAAAAUAUAUCUCUUUUUUGAAACCAUCUAACUUUGAGAAACUUAAUUUGUCAGUUAAAUCAUAUUAUUUAGAAAUGUGAGAAUUUCACAUGGAGGACAGAAAUUUUGUGCGGUUGAUGAGCUUUUUAGCGACAAACACAUUAUUGAUUUGGAUUUUGUACUUUUGUCAGUUUGUGUAAAAAAUAAACUUUUUUGUUUACAUCUA